AUGUCCUCCAAGUCCCCCACAACGCCUCACCCGCCGAGAUCAAACGCUCCUUCUACGCCCUUUCGAAAACACCACCCCGACCACAACCCCUCCGACCCCCACGCCUCCCGCCGCUUCGUCCGCGUAUCCGAAGCCUACUCCGUCCUCUCCGCCCCGGCCAAACGCGCCGCCUACGACCGCGACAUGCGCCACUCCCACGCCCAUACCCACCAGCCCACCUCGCCCGCGCACCACUACGCCUCGGGUCCCGCCGGCGGCCGCCCCGCCUCAGGCCUAGGCCGGAGACGGCCCAUCGUGAACUCGACGCGCGGCACAUUCAAGGGCCCUCCUCCGAGCUUCUAUCGCCAGGGAGGCUGGGGCGACCACCACGAGAAGCGCAAGGCGGCCCAUGACCAGGCUGCGACGGCAGGCGCAGGUGGCGCCUCAACCGCGAGUAGCGGCCUAGGAGGCAUGGGGCCUGGCCAGCACCCGUUUAGAGACGAAAACCACGUGCCGCAUUUUGACAAUGCGUCGCACAAGCGCACGCACCAAAAGCAGGACCAGAGGCGGGCCUCACGACGAAUGCCAGAUGAACCCUCCAUAGGGACCGGUGGGGAUUCGCCCGUGGCCUUUGUUGUCAUCAGAGACACCCAAGAGGAGGCCGAAGAAGCAGCCAGCAAGGAGCAGUCCUAA